CCUGUUAUGACUCCUUUUGCUGUUUUAUUCUCUCCGAUGACUUUUAUCUCUAUCAUAUCUUUUUCCUCUAUGUGUAUAACAUACAACACCUCCUCAUUUUUGCAAAUUAUCAGUAAGUUCCCAUCUCAACUCCGUCACCUAUUCCAGUUCUCCAAUCUUCUUUUUUUAUUUAUCUGGAAAUAAUGUUUUUUUUUAAUUACGCACUAAAUCACUAAUUGGGCCAUAUAUUGAAGCUUUAAAGUACAAUGUUCUCACCUCAAAUGAUCUUAAAACUUACCUUUUUAGAACAAUGGAAACAGAAAAGUGAACUUUUAGUCUAAUACUCUGAGCUCUGUGAGCGCUCCCCUGGAAGUUGCUGCUGCCGCAGUGCAUGCUGGUACAGCUGUCAAUCUGGUCUGAUGCAUGCUCAGGUAAAAUGGAGGGACGAGAACAACACCCAGGGAAUUAUGUCCAUUCUUGGUCUAGUGUUCUUGUGAAUUGAAAAAGUGCUGCAACUGGUGACGUUUCAUGAGCACACGAGAACGCACAAGUAUGCAUAUUGAGAAACAACAUCCAAAUUGUGAAGAAUGUCUUUUUCUGAUUUCUGAUGCCGUCACAUUCAAGUAAAUAAGUUGGAGGAUAACAUGCAAAGCUGUGCUUAUCAAAUGAGAAUGAACUCAUUCUUGUACGUUUUUAUUGACAUGUGUCUUCUGUGUCUUUUACCACACUGAUAGCAUUAAAGCUCUGUCCUAAGUUAAAGAGAAUAUUGGAAAAAUAUAAACCAAUAGGACUUUGCUGUAAACACUAUUGAGAAAUGAUUCAGGGAUCCACCCAGCAGCUCCAUCCAUCUACCAUGCUGCAGAACAUGACUACAGACUCACGUUUUCUCCAUCAGCAUAGCAAAGACAGUAACAGAAAUUUUGAAUGGCUCUCUUAAAGUAUACAUAUAAACACCCAGAAAUAGAUAUUAGAAGUGUAUUUCUCUCUCUGAUCUCAGAGGGAACAUCUGAAUCACCAUGGGUAAGGAACUGCUGCUGCAGCUUCUUCUUCUGUAGUAUGUGCUAAUUAACCAACAACCUGUUUCCUGUUACAAAGCAGAAUGUGAAAUAGUCCAGUGUGGUCAGACGAAUUAAAUACUUGUAGAUCAGUCAACUGUUAGGCUUCCACUUUUCUCUCUGGGAAGGACACACCCUUUGAUGAGAAGCCAUGGAGCUGCCUCACCUUCCUCUCCUCAUCCUCCUCAUCACUCCCUGCUCCUCCCUGUCAGAGAACCUCCCCCUUCCUGCUGUGCCUGCUGCAGGUCCACUCCACUGGGAACAGCCCUUCAUCGUAGUGUGGAACAUGCCCACAGCAAACUGUCACAAACGCCACAACGUCCAGCUGGACCUGAAGGAAUUUGGGAUUGUGGAGAACAACAGGCAGCGCUUCCAAGGAGAGAAAAUGAGCAUCUUCUAUCGGGACCAUCUGGGGAAGUAUCCGUACCUCUCCAACGAUGGCCGAGAGGUGAACGGAGGAAUCCCUCAGCUUGGUGAUCUGGCCUCUCACCUUUCCCUCACAGCUCUGAAGCUGGACGUCCUGCUGCGUCCCAGCUUCUCUGGUCUGGGGGUCAUCGACUGGGAGGAGUGGCAGCCAUUGUGGGAGAGCAACUUUGGAUCGAGGAUAAAGUACCGCAGGCUCUCCAAGCAGCUGGUGAGACAAGAUAGACUGGAUCUGUCUGAGGAAAACGUGACACGGAUGGCUCGGCAGGAGUUUGAGAAGAGUGCUCUGGCUUUUAUGGAGGAGACGCUGAGGCUGGCGACCAGGAGCAGGCCCAAGGGAUUCUGGGGCUUUUAUGGUUUCCCCUCCUGCUUGAAUAAACACAAGAGGAAGACAGAUCAAAGCUACACAGGACGCUGCCACAAGGGAACCAAGCAGAGGAAUGACCGGCUGUCCUGGCUGUGGGCUCAGUCCACAGCUCUCUAUCCCAGCAUUUAUCUGCCGCAGAGGUUGGCAGGGUCCAUAAAUGCAGCUCUGAUGGUCAGACACAGACUGCAGGAGGCUUUGAGAGUGGCUUCAUUGUGGCGUCAUGAGAACAAUAAUAAUCAGGCCACACCUGUCCUUCCGUACACCCGGCUGGCAUUCACACAUUCUCUCAACUUUCUCAACAAGACGGAUUUGGAGCACACGCUUGGAGAGAGCGCCUCACUUGGCACUGCUGGGGUCGUGCUGUGGGGAGAUAUAAAAUUCGCCAAAUCUAAAGAGCAGUGCAUCCUUCUCAGACACUACAUCCACAGUGUCUUGGGCCCCUUUAUACACUCCCUGAGGGCCGACACGCUCCGCUGCAGCCUCCAACUCUGCCACAGUCAUGGCCGCUGUGCCAGGCUAAACCCCAACAGUAGUCACAGGCUUUCAUCAGCAUCCACCUCUGACCCUCAUGAUGAUGCUGACUCCACCAGCAGGAAAUACUACCAGCAGCACUUCAUGUGUCAAUGCUACUCAGGCUGGACUGGGCCCCAGUGUCAGAAGAGUGGACAGAACGAGGGUUGAUGAUGGCUCCUCGUUUAGGGGCGCGGUCAAUAAAUUGCAUAGAAAAGUUAUAAAAAAUGUAAACUAUUUAAAAAUAUUUAAAAUAUAUGCUUGGGUUCGGUUUUUGAA